AUUGGUCAUCGUCAUAGUAACCAAGUUCACAACGACCAUACAAAUGAUCUCGUUAGUGAGUGAAAAUGAACUACCGAUAAAAAUACCGCCGGAAUAUAUGCAGUAUGCUGAGAAGCACACCAUUUUUGAAAUGAUGCAGGCAAUAAAAACUGAUAAUCAGUUACCACCGUGUAGCGUCUCUUGCGUAUGUUAAUUAUUGAUCGACCCGAAGACCCGUUAUCAUACCUGAUAAGCUAUUUGGGAAAGGAAAUCAAAGAAUGUCCUUCUAUCGUUAUAUUUGGACCUACUGCUUCAGGAAAACAUUCAGUCGGUAAAAUGUUAGAACAAAGGUUUAAUUGCAUCACGAUCACUGAGGAAGAAGUAUAUGGGUUAUCGAGUGAAGGAAAGAAAGCAACCCCGAAACAACUGGCAGUUGCAUUGAAAAAGCGCUUGAAAGAAAUAGAUUGUGAGAAGAGGGGCUACGUGCUAAUUGGUUAUCCGACAAAUGAACGGCAAGCAAAAGCACUACUUUGGGAAGGAAUAUUUCCCGAACACGCAGGUAUAAUUCACAUGCACAUUUGGAAAGUGUGAACAUCACCUCAUUACUAACAGUAUUCCUUGACGCUCCGAUGCAAGCUCUGAUAGAACGAGAGAAUGGUAAUCGAGUAGACCCUAUCACAGGAGAACGUUACCACUUGAUUUCCAAGCCACCUCCGGAUGUGCAGACUGAGAAACGUUUGGUGUUAUCCCCCGAGUCUGCACCGGAACAGGUGCAGAUGCGAAUUGAAGCGUAUAACAGAGACGUUGUACUACUGGACCGAAUAUACACCAGGGUUGCUCGACACAUCAAUGCGAACCAACCGCUGACUGAUGUAUACGCAGCGGUACUAUCAUUCGUGACGCAGCCCCAUCGAAGCCUAGCUUUGAGGACACCUCGUGUCCUUCUGCUAGGCUACGUGGGAAGUGGCAGAAAGACACAGGCGGAACUGUUGUCCAAGAAAUACGGGUUGAUUUUGAUCAAUUGCAGUUUGCUCAUUAAGCAAGAGAUUGCCAAAUGUUCUCUCUUGGGCAAAGCUAUGAAGAGCUAUUCAACAAGAAAGUUACCAGUGCCGGAUGCAAUCGUUGCCGAAGCAGUGAAAAGCAGGUUGACCCAAUCCGAUUGUUCUAUGCGCGGUUGGGUUCUUCUCGGUUAUCCACGAACAAAGCAACAAGCCGAACUACUGGACUCCGAUGGUUUGUCUCCGAACCGUGUAUUCUCGUUGGACAUCCCACAGGUAUGCGCGGCUGAGCGUCUCACUGGGAGGCGUGUGGACCCGGUGACAGGUCAACAAUUCCACACUGCAUCGAAACCCAGCGAGCUCGAUUCUCCAGCUCGAAUGCUACAAAAUCCACAAGACCGUGAAUGUGUCAUCGGAUCAAAGUUGGCCCAAUACGCAGCACACCGGGAGGAGUUAUUGGAUCAUUACGGCAACAUGGUGAUCCAUGUGCAUGCGGACUUGGACUACCACACGGUAUUUGAGGAAAUUGAAGCCGGGUUGGUGAAUCCACUGCCGGUGGACUACCAUGGACGUCAAGAAGCGUAGCGAAUACGCUGAUUACUUCGGACGUAACACAUAGGGCCACCUCGAGGAGGGUUUGCUAGUUUAUGUUUCAUUUACCGAGAGCACACAAAAUAAACCAGUUUGAACAGACUCACUGAGGUUUUACCAUCUGUCUCCUGCACACGGUUACU